AUGAGCGUGAUUGCGGCUGCUGUGGGGAAGCAGGUCCUCGACAAGCUGGGCGGCAAGCUUGGCGGCGAGCUGGGCAGCUACGUCGUGUCAGAGGUCACUCUGCAGUGGAGGUACAAAGACGACGUGUUGAAGUUGGGGGAGAAGAUGAAAGAUGUGGAGGCCGUGCUGGGUGAUGCCGACGAGAGGUCGCGUCGAGGAGGACGAGAAGACGGAAGAGUGUACGAGCGGUGGCUUACCAAGUUUAAGCGUGUGGCCUAUGAUGUGGAGGACGUGCUGGAUGAGUUGGAAGCCAACGAGCUCAUCAAGAAGAGCCAACCCAAGGUCAGCUUAUGGUUUUCCAGAAACAAUCAACUCCUGCAGCGAAUGACCAUGCCCCACAAGAUGAAGAAGGUGAUGGAAAAAAUAGACGCAAUUGAAAAGGAGGGCAGAACGAGGCUCAGUCUUGUGCCGCAGGAAGCAAGGGGAGAAGGGAGCAGAAACAAUGAAACACUUGCAGCCAACUGGAAUGUUGCUGGCAUGAAAACUGGAAUGGUGGGCAGGGGUAUCGACAAGGAGAAGAUAAUCAGCCUGCUACUCACAAGUGAAGAAGCUAACCAGGAUAUCUCCAUCAUUCCAGUUGUCGGCCUUGGUGGCAUAGGCAAGACAACAUUGGCUGAAUCAGUUCUUGCAGACAAGAGGGUCAGUGUCUUUGACAUCUCAAUAUGGGUUAAUGUGUCCAUGCAGUUUGAUUUGCACAAAAUUGGGAGUGUCAUCCUGAAAAGAAUGAUGGAUGACACUAUCAACCUUGACAACUGUGAUUUGCAGUUUCAUCGUCUGAAAAAAGAACUUGCUACUAGAAGAUACUUGAUUGUUCUGGAUAAUCUCUGGGAAGAAGAUGGAAAUAAUCUUGAAAGGCUCAAGGAGAUGUUACAGCAUGGCCGAAAGGGCAGCCGUGUUAUAGUAACCACCCGAAACCUACGCGUAGUGCAACAAUUACGCACUGGUUUUCUUGCAAAUGAGAGGAAAAUUUGCCCAGUUCCAGAGUCUGAAAUAAUAGAGUUGGAUGUUUUAGAACCUGGUGACUGUUGGGAAUUAAUGAAGCAAAGGGCAUUUAGGCCUGAUGAUGACCAUACUGGCUUGGAAGAAAUUGGAAAGCAGAUUGCAGCCAAGUGUGGAGGAUUACCGCUCGUGGCAAAUGCUCUUGGGCAAGUAAUGUCAGAGCUAAGGACCGUGGGGGCAUGGGAACAUAUAAGGGACACCAAGGUUGUUUUGGAUUUUCAAGAAGAACAUCAGCAGGAAACAUUAGAGAGUCUAAUGCUGAGCUAUUACUGCAUGAAGAAAGAAUUCAGAAUGUGUUUCACGUACUUGGCAGCCUUCUCCAAGGGCUUUGUCAUGGACAGCAAUCGUCUAAUCCGGCAAUGGAAUGCACUUGGAUACAUUAAUUCAAGGCACGAUGGUCAAAGGUGCAUCAACUACCUUUUGGGGAUGUCCUUUCUUCGGAUUCCAGGAUCCGCUUUGGUUAGUCCAAGUGCAUUGCAUUUCAAAACUCCUCCAGAACUCGUCAUGCAUGAUUUGGUGCAUGAUCUUGUGUCAAGAAUUGUUGUUGAUGACUUCAUUAAUCUCGAUGCUACCAAAAGCACAAGCUGGAACACACCUCAUUACUACCGGCAUGCACAGUUAACCAACUUGAAGAAUGAUCCUAAGGUUUUCAAAUAUAUUCCAGGCAAACUUAGAUCCCUCCAUUUUAGGGAUUUUGGGGGAAUGCAACUCCCGAAAAAGGCAUUUUCUCGGUGCAAGUACAUACGUGUCUUGGACCUAAGUGGACAUUCAGCUAAAGGCCAAUCAGCUCCAAGUAGCGUGGUGCUGCCAUCUUCCAUUAGUCAAUUGAAGCUAAUUCGGUAUCUUGAUGCCACAGGCUUGCCAAUAGCAUCACUUCCUAAGAAUUUUCAUACACUACAAAACAUGGAAACUCUUAUUCUAUCAAAUUCCUUGCUUGAAACCUUACCUGACAUUAUUUGUCGCCUCGGCAAACUUUGCUAUUUGGACCUAUCUGGCAAUAACAGGCUCAGUAAGCUGCCAGCAUCACUAGGGGAGCUCUCUCAACUCUUUUUUCUCAAUCUAUCCGGGUGUUUUAUACUCCAAGAGUUGCCUGAAUCAAUCUGUGAGCUUACAUGCUUACACCACCUAAACAUGUCAGAUUGUUGUGCUCUUCAAAAGCUCCCUGAUAAAUUUGGUAGCCUUCCUAAACUCUCCUUCUUAAACUUGUCAAGUUGUUCAAAGCUCACCAAACUACCUGACAAUAUAAGCCUUCCGUGUUUAGAGCAUCUGAACCUAUUGAGUUGCCAUGAGCUAGAAAACCUGCCAAUUGAUUUUGGCCACCUUCAGAAACUUGAGUUCUUGAACCUCUCUGGUUGCUACAAGGUUUUAAUGCUGCCAGGGUCAUUUUGCCAACUUAAUCAUUUGAAGUACCUAGAUCUUUCAGAUUGUCAUAACCUUGAAAAACUCCCUGACUGUUUUGGUGACCUCAUCGAGCUUCAGUAUUUGAACCUAACAAGUUGUCCUAAACUCCGAGGAUUGCCUGAGUCAGUAUGCAAAUUGUUUAAGCUGAGGUGUCUCUAUUUGUCGUACUGUCUGAGGCUCAGUGAGCUCCCCUCCUCAUUUGGUGACCUUAAGCUUCAAAUACUGCACAUGAAUGGCCUUCUAUAUAUGUAUGACUGCCCUGAUAGCAUUGGUGACAUGACCAGUCUCACUCAGUUUGUGAUUGAUACUGCAACUUCUAAGCUGCUUGAGAAGAUUCCAGCCAUUCAAAAGCGUCUAAAUCUCGUGGGCACAGUAAGGCAUGACAUACAUGAGAUAGAGAGCAGAGGAUGUAGCAGUAUAGUGGACCUUGUGGGAUUGACUUGUUCAGAGCUGAUACUUGCAGGGCUUCAAAAUGUCAGGCAUCCAGAAGAUGCAGACAGAGUCAGACUGCGUGAUAAAUCGGAUAUUCGAUUGCUUAAACUUCUCUGGGAAAACCAAGAAGGUAAAUCAGUGCUGGACAGGCUAGUACCUCCUCGGACUCUUGAACACUUUCAGCUACUCGGGUAUAGCAGCAAGGAUUUCCCUAACUGGAUGUUUCACAUCUCGUCCUAUCUCCCCUUUCUCAGCGAACUGACUCUUAAUGGUUUGGAAGCAUGUGAUUCUCUUCCUCCAUUCGGGGCACUGCCAAAUUUAAGAAUGUUGUGUCUGAAAAACAUUCCCAAUAUUAAGAAAAUCGGUAAGGAAUUCUAUGGAGAGGGCAGACCUUGUAUGAAACUAAGAGUACUGACGCUGAAGUUGAUGAAGAAUUUGGUGGAAUGGUGGACAACAGAGACAGGUGAAGAAAACAAAGAGUUCUUAAUCCCCAAUUUGCAUUUUUUGUUUGUAGUGGACUGUCCAAAGUUGAAGUUCCUACCAUAUCCCUCAAGAAGUAUGAAUUGGGGUUUGAGCAACAGCGACGCAGUUUUGCCAGAACGAGGAUUUGGAAACCUCUCCUCUUAUAUUCAUCCUUCUGAGAUCGUUCUGAAGAGCUGUAGUUUCUCUCAAGACAGGUGGGAUAGUUUUCAACACUUUACCACCCUGGAGAAUUUUUGUGUAUACUCCAUCAGUGGCUUGAGGACUUUGCCAGAGGUCAUGCGGUGCUUCACUUCUCUCACAGGACUAUGGUUGGUGUCAUUGAAUGACCUGGAGACACUCCCGGUAUGGUUGGGUCAGCUCAGUUCUCUAGAACUCUUUCACAUCCACAAUUGCCCUAAGCUGACAUCUCUGCCCGAAAGCAUGAAGAAUCUCACCGCUCUUAGAAAACUGAGGUUGCUACAGUGCAAAGGCCGGGAGAUAUUACCGGAAUGGUUGGGACAGUUGACUUCUCUAGAAGAACUUUUCAUCAGAGAUUGUCCCAGCCUGACAUGUUUGCCUGAAAGCAUAAAGAAUCUCUCUGCUUUGAAGCUACUGAGAAUUGUUCGAUGUCCGAGUCUAAUUGCGAGGUGCCAAGGGGAGGAUGCCCACAAGAUUUGUCACAUCCCCAAAGUCGAAUUCAACUGA